CUGCUCAUUCUUUUCUACCCAUUUUCUCACCUUCUCUCUGCAAUUUCUAAAUUCCAACAACCUUUUUCCUAUUUUUUUCUGAUUUCUCCCACAAAAAAAUCAGUGCUCAGGUAGGGUGAGGGAGAACAAGAAAAUUCAGACAUCUCUUGUUUAAGACAUCAAAAGCCCAGGGAAAAAAAAAAAACAGAAAAGGUUGAGUACGAGGUUUAUUUUGUAGUAAUGGAAGAUAGUGUGCAACAGCUCCCAAACCCAUCUUCAAGAUUCAAGAGGAUAUGUGUCUUCUGUGGCAGCAGCCCUGGCAAGAACUCCAGUUACCAAAUUGCAGCAAUCCAGCUCGGAACACAACUGGUGGAGAGGAACAUCGACUUGGUGUACGGUGGAGGGAGCAUUGGAUUGAUGGGCUUGAUCUCCAAAGCUGUCUUCAAUGGCGGCCGCCACGUCUUAGGAGUGAUUCCGACAACCCUUAUGCCCAAAGAGAUAAUUGGGGAGCCUGUGGGAGAAGUGAAGGCAGUUUCAGAUAUGCAUCAAAGGAAGGCUGAAAUGGCUAGACAUGCUGAUGCCUUCAUAGCCCUGCCUGGUGGAUAUGGAACAUUGGAGGAGCUGUUAGAGGUCAUCACUUGGGCACAGCUUGGAAUCCAUGACAAACCUGUGGGAUUACUGAAUGUUGAUGGUUACUACAACUCAUUGCUGUGUUUCAUAGACAAGGCUGUGGAUGAGGGCUUCAUUACACCUGCUGCCCGCCACAUUGUUGUCUCUGCCCAAACUGCCCAUGAACUCAUGUCCAAGCUUGAGGAUUACGUUCCCAGACAUAAUGGCGUCGCAUCCACCCUGAGUUGGGAGAUGGAGCAACAGCUUGGUUACACAAACACGAGAUCAGACAUUGACAUUGCCCGUUGACUUUGACAUCUCCUCUCUCAAGAGUCAAGUCCCCAAAAGUCAAAACUCCCCAAAAAGUAAAUACUACAUGGAUUGCCCUCAGUUUAACCAAAUACGUACAUACAGACCUUAAUUCCUACUAAUUUUCAUAGGAUUGGCUCUUCUUCUUCUUAUACUGUAAUUAAAACAUGAGUUCUUGUAAGCAUAUGUAAGUUAUUCCUAUUGUUUUUUCAACCUUAAUUAUCCAAGAAAACAA